CAGGGGCAGACUGACAACUCAUGGGGCCCCUGGGCAAUAGGGGAUCAUGGGCCCCUGUGUCCUUGCCCAAACUCAAAAAAGCCUAUGAAAAAAGUACCAGGGGCAUCUCAUGGGGCCCCCUACUGACCCCGGGCCCUCGUGCCCAAGUUUCCAAAUGGUCAGUCCGCCCCUGGGUGCAAUGUCCCAGAGAGUAAAGAACCAUCUGCACAGUUUAAGGGUAAGCCGCAUCCCCACCAACUUCAAUGAGUGGCUGCGUGUUUUGUAACUUUAGAAAUGCUUUAUUUUAUUUUGUAUUACAGUAAAGAU